GGGAAUAAUACCAUGGUCGGUCCGUUUUCGCUUAGGUUCGAGAUUACAAAUUUUGUUUAUUCCUCUCGUCGGAAAUUUGUUUAACGAGUUAGUUGUUAUACUUACGUAUUAGUUGAAUCUGAAUCCAUUUCUGUGUAUAUUUAUUUGCAAAAUUACGUGCCGGUGAUUUCUUUUUGACGAUAGUGACAUUUGAUUGUAAAGGGGAGGUGUUGUCGUGCAAAAAUGAAUGAAAAGUGUGAAGCAGAUGAAACUGAGCAGUUGACACCAAAGUGUGAAGAAUUAAAAGCGGUGGAAGACAAAUGCGAUAAACUGAGCGAGAAAACCCAUGAAUUGAAGGAAUUAUACAGUCACUAUAUCAAAGUUGCCAAUGAAUUGCAUACCCGUAGAGAACAAUUUUGGAAUGAAACAGAAGAAUACAAGAACAAAAACGACAUAUUGGAGCGUCGUGUAAAAGAGCUUGAGAAUUCCAAUUCUGAUUUAAAUAUUUCAUUAAAAAUAACUCGUGAAGAAUUGGAACAAAUCAAAAUAAAUCUUCAAUCUGUAAUAUCGGAACGUGAUGAAUUAAGGGGAAAAAAUGCCGAAUUCGAAGAUUUGGCAGGACAGCUUCGAAAUUUUGAAUCCAAUUUAUCAAAUCAGUCAAUAAAAUUAAAUGCAGAAUUGCGAGUCUUGGAAAUCAAGUGUAAAACUGUAAUUUCAAAAUGCCAAGAAUUCUGGGGAAAAAACAACGAAUUAAUGGAUCAGGUGCAACAGCUCGAGAAUUCGAAAUCCGAUUUAAACGAGCAGUUGGCAAAAAUUACUGGAGAAUUCCAAAAGACGGAAAACGAUCUCAAAUCUGUGGUUUGCGAACGAGAUGAAUUAAAAAGGGAAAAUAAUCAAUUCAAGAAUCAAGUAGAACAACUUAAAAAUUCUGAAUCCAAUUUAUCGAGUCAGUUGGCACAAAUUACUGAAAAAUUGCGAGUCAUGGAAAACAACUAUAAAACCGAAGUUUCAAGAUGCAAAAAAUUCAAGGAGACGAACGAUGAAUCAUUGGUACACAUAGAACAGAUUGAGAAUCUUCGAUCUGAUUUAAAUAAGAAGUUAACAAAGACUAAUGGAGAACUGCGUGCGAUGGAGGAAACACAUAGAUCUGUACUUUUAGAACGUGAUCAAUUGAGAAGAGAAAAUGGCGAGUUCAAGAAUCAGGUGGAAGAACUUCAGAAUUCCGUAUCUGAUUUAUCCAGUAAGUUAAUAAGAGCUGCUGAAGACUUGCAAGUGAAGGAAAACGACUAUGAAACUGCAGUUUCGCAAUGCGGAAAAUUAGGGACUGCAAAUGAGCAACUAAGAAUUCAAGUGGAUCAGCUACGAAGCUCUGAAUCAUCUUUGAGAGGUGAACUGAAUACAAAAAAUAUGGAAUUUCUGGCAAUGAGAGAAGAAUAUACAAGGGUAUCGUCUGUAGAUCAAGAUUUGCGGAGUAAUAUUGCAAGACUGGAGCGUAGAAUAGAUCAACAUUUAAAAGUUGAGGCAGAUAUGAUAAAUCAGAUGAACAUUAACACUAAAAAAUUAUUGGAAGUUGAAAAAUAUCGUAUUAAAGCUGAUCAGGAUAAUGAGGAGUUUAAAAAACAAAUAGAAAAAUUGGAACUUUCAUUAAAACUAAACGUUGAUAUGGCACAUCAAUACAAACAAGAAUCUAAAUCAAAAGAAGAGAAAGUUCAGCAAAUGGAAGAAAUGUAUAAAGCUGUGUCCGAGGAAUUGGAAAAAUCUAAACUCAAAAUGAAGAAAUGCCAAUCCCAAUGUGAAUUGGAGCACCAGAACAAUGAUACAUUGAAACUCGCGCAUAAAAGAAUGGAACAAACCUUAUACGAAAAAAUUGAUAAAUUACGAGCUGAGCUUGGCACCCAAGAAGCGAAAGUUGAAGCAUUCGAGCAGGAAAUUCAAAAAUUGAGAGGUCUCAAAGUUGACACCCGAGAUCGAUUAAUUGGAUUAAAAAAUCAAUUCCAUAGGUCUGUUAUAGACCAGAUAAAUUCGACAAUUUGACAAUUUUAUUGGUAUAGGUAUCAUUGGCCGAGGCAUCCCAGUAAAUCUAAUAAGUCAUUUUCUAUAUGGUGUUUACAUUUCAAUUUUUUUUGUAUUUUGUGAGCUCAUAAAAACUACCAUCAGCAAAUAAACUUUAUCAUAUUGCUUAGAUAUUAAAUAGAUUAUUUUUUUAUUUAUAGAAUCGUACCUACAGAAUAAUAAAAUGUUUAUAAAUUUA